GGAAAGGCCGGCGGCCUCGGAAGUCUGGGGAGCGACUGGCUAGCUUCGGGCGGAAUUCUGAAGCAACCGGAGUAAUGGCACCCAAAAGGCAAGAGAAAUCCAAACUUCCUGUUCCCCUCCCAAAAGGCAUGAUUCUCAAAGAUACAGAAGGAAAAACAUGGCAGUUGGGAAACAUGAUCGGUUCUGGAGGGUUUGGAUUAAUAUAUUUAGCUUCUCCAUGUGUUAGUAAACCUGUAUGGGAUGAAGAUGCCCUUCACGUUGUAAAAGUGGAAUAUCAAGAAAAUGGUCCGCUCUUUUCAGAACUGAAAUUUUAUCAGAGAGCUGCAAAGCAAGACUGUAUCAAAAGAUGGAUGGCACUCAAACAACUUGAUUUUUUAGGAAUCCCACAAUUCUGGGGAUCAGGUUUGGCUGAACACAAUGGAAAAAGCUAUAGAUUCAUGGUUAUGGAAAGACUAGGAAUGGACUUACAGAAGAUCUUUGUCCAGAGAGGCAGGUUUCAGAGACAAACUGUCCUGCAAUUGGGUGUGCGAAUGUUGGAUGUGUUGGAAUAUAUACAUGAAAAUGAAUAUGUGCAUGGUGAUAUUAAAGCAGCAAAUCUACUCCUGGGCUACAGAAAUCCCCAUCAGGUUUAUCUUGCAGAUUAUGGACUUUCCUACAGAUAUUGUCCCAAUGGGAACCACAAACAGUAUCAGGAAAAUCCUAGAAAGGGCCAUAAUGGGACAGUAGAGUUUACCAGCUUAGAUGCCCACAAGGGAGUAGCCCCAUCUAGAAGAGGCGACCUUGAAAUCCUCGGCUACUGCAUGCUGCAAUGGCUGUGUGGCAAACUGCCCUGGGAACAGAACCUGAAAGACCCUGUGGCUGUCCAGACUGCUAAAACAAAUCUUCUGGAUGAGCUCCCCAAUUCAGUGAUGAAGUGGAAUCCUUCUGGAAACAGCUGCCGUGAAAUUGCCCAGUUUUUGGCAUCUGUCAAUGGUUUAGCAUAUGAUGAAAAGCCCAAGUAUCAAAUGCUAAAGAAAAUACUGCUGAAUGGAUUGGAAUCAAAUGGAAUACUACACAAAGGGCUACUGGAAUUUUCUGCUGCUGGAUAUAUCAGGAGUGCAAAUGCUUCCUCAAAAGAUCAAAAAGUUAAUGCACCAAAACCCAUCACAAAACAAAUCAAUCAAAUUCCAAACAAGUCCAAAGAGGAGAGAAGUGCUGAGUCUCAUGUAAUCUGGAGACAAGUACAAAAAGAGAAGAUGGUUGGAUUGAUUAACAGUGAAGCAGCUCAGACAUCACUCUCUAAUAUUCCUAAAAAAUUUGUUCUGACUCUGGCAUUUUGGCUUGGGAAGCCAGCCAAGGUAUGAGAAUUCCAGGACCCAACUUUUAAGGUCUCUGUGUUGCUUCUUACAAUUAAAUCCAGUAAAAACAGUGGACUGAGUGAAGCCUGCAGUAAAGAAGGGUUGAGCUAAAAUCCGGCCUCAGACAUUUACUAGCUAUAUGACUCAAUGCUGGGCAAAUCACUGAAAAACAACACAAGUACCACCACCAAAAACCAACUGCCUCAGUUUCCCCAACUGUAAAAUGGGUUGUUGUGAGGAAGAAAUUAGGUAAUAUUUGCAAAGUGCUUAGUCCAUUGUCUAGUGCUUAGUAAGUCUGCAAAAAUACUUCUAUAUUAUUAUUAAAGUGAGGAUGUUGUUUUUUUAGCAUUUUUCAUUCUGCUCUUUCUUUACUAUGAAUAAAGCUAUUAAGGAUGAUUUGAGAAAGUAACAAACAGUAUUGACUGUUUUAGUUAAAUGUGAAAAUUGAAAGAGAUUGAAGGAAUAGGUCUUGUUGUUUGAUCUUUAUUUGUAAGUUGCACAAUGCAAUGUCGAGGCCAGGGCAGAAAAUAGA